UGUAUGUAUUUGCAAAGGCGUGAAGUCAGCGCCUUUCAUGCUCAGGGGAGCACUGCAGAGGCAGAGCAUGCAGUAGCAGCAAAAACUUGAUCCAGUCUAUAUCUGUAUCUGGGUGGACAAAUUCUUGGUACCACGAAUGAGUACUAGGCGAAUACAUGAUACCAGCCUUGCUAAUCUAGCCCCGCUAAAGUGAAAUGAAUUGUGACGAUUACAGUGCAUAGGAAAACAUCGGUGUGAAGCGCAUCGGAGGGGGCCGCUCCCCCCGCCACCAAGUAUGGGGAAACCUCCCUAUCGUCUUCUACCACUUUAAAAAAGAGGCAGAGGGCUUGAAUACAACCAGAUCCUAUAGACUUGCCUAAGAGUAAGAUCAAGAAAACGAACUAGCAGUUAUUUCGUCAUAUCGUCAUAGGCUGAGAACACUUGAUCUAGCAGAGACGAGACACCACCAUCACUUUAUAGGAAGGUUCAAAGUUCCAGAAAUUGCGAACUACUUGAAGUAACGUUAUGUUUCAAAGUCAAUCGUCUUCCCCGCCCAAGCAUCGGUCAGGCGUUGGGCACAUCACCAUGCCUGGCACAUACCUUCUACUUGCUGCUGUGCUGAUCUCUGUCCACGGAGCUGACCUGUCCAGAGACCAUGGAGACGGGCAAGGGAAGGUCGUCCUCAGCAAAACACGCGUACUCGAGGAGGAGACACUAUCUGCCUUCUGCCAUAUACCGGCACUAUCUCAGCCCAUAGGAAGUACAAGCGGUAGCGGCAGCAGCUGGGCCGCGCAGCAUGAUUACGACAGAAAUGUUUUCUACCUCUUUUUCGGAGUGGUUGUCAGAGGCGAGAAGACGCUGAAAAUAGCCCAACCUAAACCCGUCUACCAACUACGCGCUCCGCGUCUGUCCGACUCAAGCGACUGUCGCGUGCAGCCCUGUGAUCAGUAUUCCAUCAGUUGCCAAGCAUUCGUCCCGCUCAAGAACGGUGACACGAACGUCUAUGACGGCUUGAAAGCCUGGUUCACUGUAGCGAACAGCACCUCUGCGGGGACACACAGUACAGGCGGCGAACAAAUCCAGAAAAUCUCUGUUCUUGUGGGCACACCCGUGGACCUGGGAUUCUGCAACACGGACAGCGGCACGUCGUCCGGAAGUUCAACUCUGCCGAGAGGAUGGUCAUUUUCCCGGGACAUGACGGGUCGCUGUGUUACCGGUACAGGUGAUGCACUGGCCACCCGAGGCAGCUUAGCGCAAGGUGGAGAGAUGGGACCGCUGGUUAUCGCCUACGCAGAAGAAUAUCAUAGUGGAGUGUACGAAUGUGUCGGGCAACAGCAGCGACCAGAUCGACGUAUACAUCUUCAAGUGAAACCUGCCGUUGAAGUGAGUCGCUCCACGGUGAACGGUGGAGAUGAAAUAACUGCUUCCUGUAACACAGCCAGUGACGCUAGCACAGAAGGUACCCGCACCACCACCACAGCAUACCAGUGGUCUGUACAGCAAUCAGUAUCGCACAUGAGCAGCAGCGACAGCAGCGGCACUGUGGCGGGGCAGAGCUGGAAAAUGCUGCCGGAGCCUCUGGAGCAGAAACGAUUCAUCACGCUGACGGCAGGGAGAAACACGACGUGCCGUGGGUCAUUCACGAUACGUGUCAACUGCUACAGCCGCUCGUGGACUGUUAAUCCAACACACGGUGAUGGCCAGGUAGCCGAGGGCCACCAUGGACACAAAGACAUAACAGUACGGUGUGCCAACAGUGCUGUUGCGGCUACAUCUACUGCAGCCGCCUUACAAACAAAGCCAAUCCUUCCGAAAGCGGGAAACUACACAGCUGUUCUCUGGAAGCCUUUCAAGCUAUGCUGCUGCAUAUCACCAAGUGGCGAACUCGGAACAUGGUUUGUAAAUGGAAAGCAGCCAACAGAAGGGACAAACCGGUACAAGUACGGCGAGUUCAGCUUCUUCCCUGAAGAGCAGCACAGCAACACAAUUCUUCACGUAAAGUGCGUUGCUGGACGCUAUUCUACAACAGCAUUGGUCCGUGUGCUUCCCGCAGCACCCAGCUCGAUCCCAAGCAGAGUUCCAGUAGUCACUGCCGCCAGAACAGACGGAGGAGCAGACAGCAAACUCCAUCUAUUUACCUGCGGGGCGACUCAAUCCGCACAUACGGAGCAGUUUCUCGUUGGAUGCGAUCGUACCAAUACCCAGGAGGGACGGCCGACACGGGAGCAUGUAUGGUCAGCGCCUGACAAUAGUAGCGGUGAUGUCUGGAAAACAUUGAAUGUGCACACUGCCCUGAUAACUGAUGCUAUGACCGAUGAAAGUGACACGGUCAAUAUCACAAUGAUCACAGGACAGGAAAGACAGUGCCUUGCUCUGAAACCAGGCCGCCUGCUUCAAGGAACCCGAAAGAAGAGAGAUUUGUUUACCAUCAUGGUCAGCUUCGUGCACCCGUGGUGUUCGGAGAUGCCGGAUGUCAUGGAUAUCGAGCGGAAGUUCAUGAGAGUGAGAAAGAACCACCGCAACACUCGCUUCGCCGGCAAAACGUCCCCACGCUCCUGCCUUCAGAUGCAGGUCAGUGGUCACCGUCAGGUCUGGUAUUGGACCACGUCCGUCACUUCUGAUAAGUCGGAGUGCGAUCUACGGCACAUGAUAGUGUCAAUAAUCUCUGGCAUUCCAUGCAGCCCUACAGUGCUGGCCGUGCACAUAGUCAAGAUGUCAUGAAGAAAAUACCGGUGCAAUCGCGAUCAUUAUCGACACUCUUGCUUGGCAAGGUCCAGACUUGCAUCAAGGAUCCCUGCAGCUUGCUCAACUGCAGUGGAUUGAAACGGUCUACAGCCGGACCGCACGCUCUCAGACAAUUGCCAUGAUAUGCGUCCAUGCAAUUUAGGAGUGCUUGAUGUAACAUCUAAAACAAUUCUGGUCAGAUAUUGGCCCGCCUUUUGAUGAUUUGGAACGUCACAGUAUAUUUCAUGAUGUUGCGCAGGUAACACGGUUACUGAUUUUGAAGUAUAUGAAGUAUUUAUACAACCAAUCCCAGCUGAUAGAACCUUUAGACAGCCUUCUAAAUAAAUAAUGUCUGCUGGUCAGAAAUACCCCCCCCCCCCACACACACACACCCCUGAUCACGCUUUCGCACCGAUUGAUUUAUCACAGCGUGCACAUUGCACUUGAUUUACUGCAAUGAAAAACACUGAAUAAAAAACACUGAUCGAAAUUCUCGACUACUAUCAAUAUUCAUUGAUAGCCACCACUGUGUGUACUGCACCUGUUGCAAAUACUGAAUCAUGAUUUGCCUCGAUAGCUCGGGUCAAGUUUCCCGAGCCCUUGACCGUGUUAUUGCCUGACCGCGGUGUUCUUGACUGAUUGAGAUUCCACCGGCUUGUUAUCUCCUGUGGAGAGCUGUCAUCAUUAUAUUAUUGCAUAUGAUGUACUACAAUUGUAGAGUAAAAUAAUGAAAACAGUGCUGCAUGAGCUGACUCAAGAGCAUUCUGAAAAAGCAGAUUUGCAUCAUUCCGAGCCUCACAUUUGACUGUCCUGUCACCGAUUCUACCUUCAGCUUGCCUAUCAUUAUUAUACCCAUACCCACUAAAGUGCUCGACUAGCACAUAUACUUGAGCCGUUGCGGCAUAACCGUCCUUAUUAGCACAUGGACUACCAUAGUCCAUGGACAUGUACCUGUGUUAAAAUAUUCUUUUGUUUGCCGCACUAUUUCGAAUUCUUUCAGCAAAAAAACUAUGCUGGUCACUGAUUAUGUGCUUAUUAUGGCUCCAACCAAACCUCGUGGAUGACAGUGUUCCUACAGUGUUUGGUGAGGCAUAGUGUAUUAUUAUCAUUGUGGUCAUGUUCCAU